GACAAAAUAAACAAAGGUCAAGCUUACAUAAACAUAUGUAAAGUGUUAAUUACACAAUACAUAUUGCAUGAAUAAUACACAUUUGUCAGUUGUGUUGUAGAAAAUACAGAUUUAUAGAAAGUCACUUAAUAUUUUAUUUACAUAUUACUUAUUAACCCAUAUCGGUUAUUUUCAGACUUACAUUUACGUGAAGGUGACAUAAUGGAGGUGGGUACAGCAAUGGUUUAAAUGAUAUGUUUUACAUUAACCCUAUCUGAGGUAUAACCCUGCCUCACACAGGAAGCGGCACAGGUCCUAAUCCAGGCACUUGUCAUUUCCCGUCUGGAUUACUGCAACUCGCUGUUGGCUGGCCUCCCUGCAUGUGCCAUUAAACCCCUACAACUCAUCCAGAAUGCCGCAGCCCGUCUGGUGUUCAACCUUCCCAAGUUCUCUCACGUCACCCCCCUCCUCCGCACACUCCACUGGCUUCCAGUUGAAGCUCGCAUCCGUUACAAGACCAUGGUGCUUGCCUUUGGAGCAGCGAGGGGAACGGCACCUCUGUACCUUCGGGCUCUGAUCAGUCCCUACACCCAAACGAGGGCAUUGCGUUCAUCCACCUCUGGCCUGCUGGCUCCCCUUCCUCUGCGGAAGCAUAGUUCCCGCUCAGCCCAGUCAAAACUGUUCGCUGCUCUGGCACCCCAAUGGUGGAACAAGCUCCCUCACGACGCCAGGACAGCGGAGUCACUCACCACCUUCCGGAGACAUUUGAAACCCCACCUCUUUAAGGAAUACCUGGGAUAGGAUAAAGCAAUCCUUCUACCCCCCCCCCCCCACACACACACAGCGGAGUCGCUCACCACCUUCCGGAGACAUUUGAAACCCCACCUCUUUAAGGAAUACCUGGGAUAGGAUAAAGUAAUCCUUCUACCCCCACCCCCCCCCACCCCCCCCACCCCCCCCACCCCCCACAGCGGAGUCACUCACCACCUUCCGGAGACAUUUGACACCCCACCUCUUUAAGGAAUACCUGGGAUAGGAUAAAGUAAUCCUUCUCCCCCCCCCCCCCCCCCCCCCCCCCCCAAAAAAAUUGUAAAGUGGUUAUCCCACUGGCUAUAGGGUGAAUGCAUCAAUUUGUGAGUCGCUCUGGACUAGAGCGUCUGCUAAAUGACGUAAAUGUGCCCUUGAGCAAGGCACUUAACCCUAAUUGCUCCUGUAAGUCGCUCUGGAUAAGAGCGUCUGCUAAAUGACUUAAAUGUAAAUGUAUGUAAUGUAUAUGGGUUAACCAAACUGUAAUGUUCCAGAACUUUCAGAGGAAUGGCAUUCUGGGGGAAAACAAACGCUGGCAGUCUCCAGUUCCCUAUAUUUUACACUCUAGUCUUGGUGAGUAAAGACGUGGAAUCCUGAUUUUCAUCUUGUAAGAAAUAUCAAACCACUAUAGCAUUUAUGCUAUAAGCAGAGCGUCACGUGUUCAAGUCCAGUUCCCAGCUGUAUGAUAUUUAUUUUGUAUCACAUUACUGAUCUUUCUAAUGUUGUCACUGUAUUUUCCAUUUGCACAGAUAUGAAUACUAAAGGCAUCAUUCUGCGAGCCUUUGACCAGUUCAGGCUGAAAACAUGCAUGGACUUCAAGCCCAGAGACUCUGAGAUGUUCUACCUAACAAUUGAGAAACAUACAGGGUAAGACAUGUACUGGUGGAACAUUUGGUAGAUAUUUUUCUAAAUCAACAAUUAAUUACAUUAUAUGUGUUUUGUGUUAACAUGUCUAUCCCCGGUAGGUGCUCCUCCUAUGUAGGGAGAACUUUUGCAAAUGGACAGGUUGUUAACAUUGGAGAGUACUGUGGUAUUGUCGCCAUUGUGGAACAUGAGCUUCUACACGCUCUGGGCUUCUAUCAUGAGCAGUCCAGAUAUGACAGAGAUGAAUAUGUGACCAUUGUCUAUGAAAACAUCCUAGAAGGUUUGACUCAUUGUUUUUCCCAAUCAUACAAACAUUAUUUAAUAAUUUUUCUAGUUCUCACAUUAUAACAUUACUUUGGGAUUGUUCAUCUACAAGCUUUAGAUCAAAAUGUGUGCUGUGUGGGAAGUAUUAAUACACAUAUUAAAGGAGAGAGGGGCAUUUUGUAACAAACAGUUCGAAUUAAUCCACUACCACCACCUCUGAAUUCAAUGUUUCAAUUGUUGGGGCAUUUAAAGCAGGCCUAAAAACCAAUGUGUAUAUAAACCCAGGAUUGCUGACUAUGUAUUGGGCAUUGAGAGACUUUGAAGCCACCGGUCGGCCAUAUUUGCCCUCCCCAUAGGAGCAAUCCUCUAUAGGAAUGAAUGGAAUGGUACAGUAUUUGAAUUAAAUGUUUCAAGGACAAAAUUACACUUAUACCUUCUUUUUUUUUUUUGCAGUGGGUACUAACAUUGGUAAUAAAUAAAUAAAAUACUAAGAGAAAUGUUUUUAUUUGUUUCAAUGUUUUGGUCACAAUAUAAUUUAAAAGUAUGCAAUAAGGUGUCUGUAAUAUAAUAAAUGUGGCAAAAACGAAUGUAGACAUUAAUAAUUGCAUUUCUAUAGCUUCCAAAAUAUUUUUUACAAUGUGAGGGAGGGCCAAGAUGGAGGCACGGUGGUUUCAACACACUGCCCCUAUCAGUCAUCGUGUGAAUGUAUAUAUUUUAUCUAUUUCAUUGCUUAAAACAUCUCUACCAGCUGGCCUACCCUUCCUCCUAGACUUUGAUUGCUCUUGUCAUGAUUUGGUUAUACAUUUUAAGAUUCCUUCUUUGUUAAAUUAUUUUAUUUUGUGCACUGAGAAUAUACAAAUGCCACUUUAAACUUUACAAAUGUAAUGUAUGUAAUAUUUUUUCCAUUCAGGAACACAAGAGAACUUUAAGAACUACAGUGAGAAUGAAAUCACCACUCUGGGUACGCCGUAUGAUUACACCUCGUUGAUGCACUACGGCAAAGAUGACUUCGGGAAAGUUCCCGGACUCAUCACUAUCAUCACUAAGCAACCAGAGUUCCAGGAUGUGAUUGGCCAAAGGCUGGAAAUGAGCUCAAACGAUGUCUUGAAGCUAAACCGAAUGUACAGUUGCAGUAAGUGUUGGAUAGCUGUCACAUUCGUUGAGUAAAGGAUUGGACCAAGGUGCAGUGUGGUAUGCGUACAUGUUUAAUUAAGAAGUAAACACACAACAAAACAACAAAAGCAACGUAACGUGAAGUUCUAAUGGGCUACACAUAAACAAGCCAAACCAGAAACAACAUCCCACAACAUAGGUAGGCAACAUGGCUGCCUAAGUAUGUUCCCCAAUCAGAGACAACGAUCGACAGCUGCCUCUGAUUGGGAACCACACCCGGCCAACAUAGAUCUACACAUGGAUAUUCACACCCUGACCAAACCAACUAGAGAUCUCUAUGUCAGGGCGUGACAAUAGCACUGUUGGAAUGUCUGUUCAUAAUACCAACACUAUACAAUAAGAGUAUGGUGUUUAGAUUUCCUACCUCUAACCCUAACCUCAAACAACAGUAAACAUGUCGUCCUCCACAAAUGAUGCAGUGCCCACCUUGGGCCAAUCAGUGCCAGUGGAGUCUGCGAUAUUGUGUAGGUUAGCUAGACUUAUAUCACUGAGCAUGUGCCAAAUUUAAUCAGUCAAACAGAUCAAGAGAUAUAACAAGCACAUUUUUAUAGUGCCACGUGAGGUCGCUAUGAAUGUUCUUGCAUAUGUUGAGUCUUGAGUGUUUGCAACGUGUACCAAAUUUUGUUACAAUACGAAUAUCCUUGACUGAUUUCAUAUGCAUUUGUGACAAUGUUUUAGGUACUAGUCUAAAAUGUUGCAUUGAGACCUUUGUCCAUAGAUGCCAUAUGAAGUUUCGUGCAGAUCGAUCAUUCAGUGCCAAAAAAGUAGUGUUAAGUGUUUUUCACAAAUUCAAAAUGGCGGAAAAUCCAUAAUGGCGGACCUUAUGGGUCCCUGAGGCGAAUACGUUCCUUGUGAGAAGAGGGACCUAUGUGCCAAACGGGUUGAGGGGCGUGACCUUUGAAAGUUUGCAUUUUCAAUCGCUUUUUAUAGCGCCACCAUCCGGCCAUCAGUGUAAUUUUUGUAAAUGCCGGGUCUCUAUGGCAAGACUCAUCAUUCACCCAAGUUUUGCUAAAAUUGGGCCUGUGCCGUCAUUUCGCGUGUGACUAAUGGACAGAGACAGAUCCACAGUACCCUCUCUGAUUUCAUCGUGGGGGACAGCAAAAUGUAUGAACAAUAACCAUGGGACAUUUUCAAGUGUAGUGUAUUACGCGUUUGAUCUGUGUUUUGGUAUUCCAAAACACAGAUCUUGCUGCAACAUUUACCUAAUUGACUGAGUAUACAUGGACUCAAAUCCCUUGUCAAACCACUUCAGAGUAAUUUCUAAGGUCAUACCUCUGCACAUACAGUAUGAUCAUCACAUUGUUCAGGGCUUAAAUGGACAUUGACCACAGAUGGUUAAAUCAGGGCUUAAAUGGACAUUGACCACAGAUGGUUAAACUUGCAUUUUUGUUUUCACCUUGUAGAUGCAUCUGUUGCAUUUAAGGAAUAUUGCAGCUUUUCCGAUAAAGAUGUGUGUGGGAUGAGUCGCUGCUCUCGGAGUGUGGAGAAUAGCUCGGAAAAUGGCUGGGGGAGAGUGACACAGGCUGCUGGGGGUCCCUACACCGACCACACCAACAUGGGCUCUGAUAGUAAGAUUAGUGGCACAUUUCAUUAUUAAUUCAACCGACUGGAAGUGAGAGAUCAUCCUUGCAAACAGUUGAUCGUGUGUUUUUAAUUAUCCUUCUAUAGGUAUGGUACUUUAGUACUAUAGUAAAGGCACAUUUCAUACAAAAUGCAACAGAAUGAACUGCAUUAUUCCAUUAAGUCAUAACACAACAUGCACGUCCUGUUUCAGAAUACAGAAGCCCACACCCUUGUAACUGCUCUAUAUUAAAUCUAUAGAUAUGUAAUGCAUAUACUGUACAUUGACAUAUUACAUUAAAUAAUGACUUUCAGAAAUGUUUUGUGACCAACUUUCAUAUUUUCCCAGGUACUGGUUCCUUCAUGCAUGCCAGCACAGCGUCAGGCCAGGAGGGGGACACAGCCUGGCUGGAGAGCAGGGAGAUGACUCCCAGCAGGAAGUGCAGUGUCCAGUGUUUACAGUUCUACUACUACCACAGUGGUAACGAGUUAGACCAGCUCAACAUCUGGAUCAGAGAAUACCGUGAUGAGAGAGACCCUAAUGGAACUCUCCGCCUCAUGGGCCAGAUCACAGGUAAUGUCAUCUCUGAGUAAGGUCAUGUCUGCCCUGACUAUGGUGAAAAUUAUGAUAAUACCCUUUUAGUGUAAGAGCUGUUUGAAAAGACUGCCUGAAAUUUCAGCAUGUUUUGGUGGGAGGGAGGUUUGGCCUUCCAUGUUGACAUCAUCACCAUGUGGUAAAUUAGUUAAUAAACCAGAGUUCCAAACCUCUGGCCAAUAACAGCUCAUUUUAAUUUUCCCCUCCCCACUCAAGCCACUCCCAGAGAGUCCUACCAAAAUUGUUGCUUGAGAAUUUGCUUUGCUAAGAAGCCAAUUUUGUUAAUUUUUGACCGUAUUAAUUGAAAACAAUCACAGUAAGGUACUUAAUUGUUACCCAGAAAUGAUUUGAUAUUGAGAUAAAAGCACCUGCAUUGGACUUUUUAAAAUAAUCCAUAUCUAAAGUGUGGUCUUGGCUACUACUACUAGUGAACUAUUAAACAUAUUGCAUCCUACCUUAACCCAAGAUCUUGAGGUUAACGCUGCACUAACUGUGGUCACAUUUUAUUGCUUGCAGUGAUAUCUAGAUAGUUAUAGAUGGAUAUCACUAAAAGGGCAUUAUAACUUUCACAGUAUUAUUCCAACCUCAUAGCGUGUGCAUGUGUAAUUGACAUCAUUUGAGUCAUUUGGAGGUGUACCUGUGGAUGUAUUUCAAGGCCUACCUUCAAACUGAGUGCCUCUUUGCUUCACAUCGGAAAAUGAAAAGAAAUCAACCAAGACCUCAGAAAAAAAAUUUGUAGACCUCCACAAGUCUGGUUCAUCCUUGGGAGCAAUUUCCAAACGCCUGAAGGUACCACGUUCAUCUGUGCAAACAAUAGUACGCAAGUAUAAACACCAUGGGACCACACAGCUGUCAUACCGCUCAGGAGGGAGACGCGGUCUGUCCCCUAGAGAUGAACGUACUUUGGUGCGAAAAGUGCAAAUCAAUCCCAGAACAACAGCAAAGGACCUUGUGAAGAUGCUGGAGGAAACAGGUACAAAAGUAUCUAUAUCCACAGUAAAACAAGUCCUAUAUCGACAUAACCUGAAAGGCCGCUCAGCAAGGAAGAAGCCACUGCUCCAAAACCGCCAUAAAAAAGCCAGACUACGGUUUGCAACUGCACAUGGGGACAAAUAUUGUACUGUUUGGAGAAAUGUCCUCUGGUCUGAUGAAACAAAAAUAGAACUGUUUGGCCAUAAUGACCAUCGUUAUGUUUGGAGGAAAAAGGGGGACGCUUGCAAGCCGAAGAACACCAUCCCAACCGUGAAGCACGGGGGUGGCAGCAUCAUGCUGUGGGGGUGCUUUGCUGCAGGAGGGACUGGUGCACUUCACAAAAUAGAUGGCAUCAUGAGGAAGGAAAAUGAUGUGGAUAUAUUGAAGCAACAUCUCAAGACAUCAGUCAGGAAGUUAAAGCUUGGUCGCAAAUGGAUAUUCCAAAUGGACAAUGACCCCAAGCAUACUUCCAAAGUUGUGGCAAAAUGGCUUAAGGACAACAAAGUCAAGGUAUUGGAGUGGCCAUCACAAAGCCCUGACUUCAAUCCUAUAGAAAAUGUGUGGGCAGAACUGAAAAAGCGUGUGCGAGCAAGGAGGCCUACAAACCUGACUCAGUUACACCAGCUCUGUCAGGAGGAAUGGGCCAACAUUCACCCAACUUAUUGUGGGAAGCUUGUGGAAGGCUACCCGAAACGUUUGACCCACGUUAAACAAUUUAAAGGCAAUGCUACCAAAUACUAAUUGAGUGUAUGUAAACUUCUGACCCACUGGGAAUGUGAUGAAAGAACUAAAAGCUGAAAUAAAUCAUUCUCUCUACUAUUAUUCUGACAUUUCACAUUCUUAAAAUAAAGUGGUAAUCAUAACUGACCUAAGACAGGGAUUUUUUUACUAGGAUUAAAUGUCAGGAAUUGUGAAACUGAGUUUAAAUGUAUUUGGCUAAGGUGGAUGUAAACUUCCGACUUCAACUGUGUGUGUGUGUGUACACUACUGUUCAAAAGCUUGGGGUCACUUAGAAAUGUCCUUGUUUUCGAAAGAAAAUGUAUUUUUUUGUCCAUUUAAAAUAACAUCAAAUUGAUCAGAAAUGCAGUGUAGACAUUGUUAAUGUUGUAAAUGGCUAUUGUAGCUGGAAACGGCUGAUUAAAAAAAAAAUGGAAUAUCUACAUAGGCGUACAGAGGCCCAUUAUCAGCGACCAUCAGUCCUGUGUUCCAAUGGCAUGAUGUGUUUGCUAAUCCAAGUUUAUCAUUUUAAAAGGCUAAUUCAUUAUUAGAAAACCCUUUUGCAAUUCUGUUAGCACAGCUGAAAACUGUUGUGCUGAUUUAAAGAAGCAAUAAAACUGGCCUUCUUGAGACUAGUUGAGUAUCUGGAGCAUCAGCAAUUGUGGGUUCGAUUACAGGCUCAACAUGACCAGAUAACCUUCUUCUGAAACUCAUCAGUCUAUUCUUGUUCUGAGAAAUUAUGGCUAUUCUAUGUGAGAAAUUGCCAAGAAACUGAAGAUCUUGUACAACGCUGUAACCAGAAUAGAAAGAGGAGUGGGAUGCCCUGGUGCACAACUGAGCAAGAGGACAAAUGCAUUAGUGUCUAGUUUGAGAAACAGACGCCUCACAGGUCCUCAACUGGCAGCUUCAUUAAAUAGUACCCGCAAAACACCAGUCUGAACGUCAACAGUGAAGAGGCGACUCCGGGAUGCUGACCUUCUACGCAGAGAUGCAAAGAAAAAGCCAUAUCUCAGACUGGCCAAUAAAAAGAAAAGAUUGGCAGUCUGAGAGAUGGCUUUUUCUUUGCAACUCUGCCUAGAAGGUCAGCAUCCCGGAGUCGCCUCUUCACUGUUGAUGUUGAGACUGGUGUUUUGCGGGUACUAUUUAAUGAAGCUGCCAGUUGAGAACCUGUGAGGCGCCGGUUUCUCAAACUAGACACUAAUGCAUUUGUUCUCUUGCUCAGUUGUGCACCAGGGCGUCCCACUCUUUCUAUUCUGGUUAGAGACAGUUUGCACUGUUCUGUGAGGGGAGUAGUACACAGCGUUGUACGAGAUCUUCAGUUUCUUGGCAAUUUCCCGCAUAGAAUAGCCUUCAUUUCUCAGAACAAGAAUAGACUGACGAGUUUCAGAAGAAAGUUAUUUGUUUCUAGCCAUUUUGAGCCUGUAAUCGAACCCACAAUUGCUGAUGCUCCAGAUACUCAACUAGUCUCAAAAAGACAAGUUUUAUUACUUCUUUAAUUAGCACAACAGUUUUCAGCUGUGCUAACAGAAUUGCAAAAGGGUUUUCUAAUGAUCAAUUAGCCUUUUUUAAAUGAUAAACUUGGAUUAGCAAACACAACGUGCCAUUGGAACACAGGACUGAUGGUUGCUGAAAAUGGGCCUCUGUACGCCUAUGUAGAUAUUCCAUUAAAAAUCUGCCGUUUCCAGCUAUAAUAGCCAUUUACAACAUUAACAAUGUCUACACUGUAUUUCUGAUCAAUUUGAUGUUAUUUUAAUGGACAAAAACAUUGCUUUUCUUUCGAAAACAAAGACAUUUGUAAGUGACCCCAAACAUUUGAAUGGUUGGUGUGUGUGUAAUCUCUACAUAAAUCUUUGACUGUACUCUGCCUUUAAUCUCUCUUACACUAAACUUCUGCAAUAUGCAGUUUGUAACGACUGAGUUCCAUACACGUGUCCCACAGCUAUUAUAUAUCUAAGGUAUCGGCCUUUAACAGAAACUCCCCAUUUCUCCAUCUAGCUUCUCCAGUGUCUUACUGGCAGCUCCACCACGUGCCUCUGAAUGCCACCAAAACCUUCCAGGUGGAGUUUCAGGUGCAUAAAGGAGCAGGACUGUCUACAGGUGGGUUUUCCAUCGAUGACAUCAACCUGUCAGAGACAGACUGCCCCAAUUUGACCUGGCAGAUACGGGACUUUGAGAAUCUUUUGACUACCAGCGACUACAACACCUAUCUGUACAGCUCAAGGCAAUACUCUCCAGAUGGCUAUGCCUUCCAGAUAAUUACUAAAUUGUCUAGGUCUUAUAUUGGAGUCUAUGCCCGCCUCUUGUCUGGUAAAUAUGAUGACACGCUCCAGUGGCCCUGCCCAUGGAGACAGAUAACGUUUCUGCUGAUGGACCAGAACCCAAACAUCCAGCUACGCAUGUCCAAGCAGAACAGCAUCUCCACUGACCCUAAACGGAUUGACCCUGGUGAGUCAAUCAGCUUUACACCAUAA